AAUGCCGAGCACGACCUCUAGGACCCACCUUGGAUCCACAAUCGCCAUGAUUGAAUAUUAGUGGUUGAGAGCUAAUAUGAUUCAUAAUUACUCAUCCCCACCUCUACAGUGGCGUUCGGUUUAUAUAUCGCGAUAGGAACAGGCAGUCCUUUGGAGGCACUGGCCUCUCACACCAUGGAUGCUUUACCUGUCAAACUGAACUUCCUGGGUCAGCUACCUGCCCUCAGGAUUUACACGCAAAUUUGCCUCUGCUUUCCGUUCGCCGCCUCAUCCGACUGCGAGAUAGUCGGGAGCCUAGAGAAAGGCCUCGAAACACUGUCCAUCAAUUUCCCGUGGGUAGCAGGCCAGAUAGUCAGUGAAGGCAGCAGCCAUAAUAACUCUGGCACGACCAAGAUCCAAGCACUGGGGAAGACUCCACCACUAGUCGUGAAAGACUUUCGUCAUGACCCCAACGUCCCAGCCAUGGAGGAUUUGAGACACGCCGAUUUUCCCUUUCGGAUGUUAGACGAGAACAUCAUUGCUCCUCGAACGACCUUGCCAGGUCCUGACGAAGACCCUAUUUCACCGGCCUUUCUUGUCCAGGCUAACUUCAUUCACGGCGGCCUGGUCCUCACUCUGGUUGGCCAUCAUAGCGCAAUGGACAUGACUGGUCAGGGACAGGUUAUCCACCUUCUCUCGAAGGCAUGUCGUGGGGAUACAUUUACGGAGUUGGAGCUAGAGUCCGGGAACCUGGUGGAGAGUCACCUCAUCCCGCUCCUAGAUGGCUCAUAUGGACCCGGCCCGGAACUCAACCGUCAAAUAAUCAGGCCUGGACCCCCGCAGCCAUCAGUGCCUCUCCCAAGGUCUACCUGGUCAUAUUUCUCGUUCGACAAAUCAUCGCUCGUUAAACUAAAAUUGCUUGCUGAACAGUCGAAGGAUUCAGAGUUCAUCUCGACCGAUGAUGCACUGAGCGCCUUCGUUUGGCAAUCGGUGCUUCGAGCUCGCCUGAAGCGGCUAUCAGCAUCUCAUAACACAACACUGGGCCGUGCUGUUGAUGUACGGAAAUACUUUGGCAUUCCUCCGACAUACACCGGUCUCAUGCAAAACAUGGUAUACCACACCGAUACAAUACAAGAUCUACUCGAUAAACCUCUAGGCAUCAUUGCCUCACAACUCAGAACAGCAAUAGACCCGCAGACGUCCUCUUUACAGUCACGCACCCGCGCACUAGCGACAUACAUUGAGCGUCUCGUAGACAAAUCGUCCAUCUCCUUCGGAGCGAGUUUCAACCCGUCGACGGAUAUUAUGAUUAGCUCGUGGGCAAGUGUCAACUGCUAUGAAUUAGAUUUUGGGUUUGGUCUUGGAAAGCCGGAGGCUGUGCGACGACCACAGUUCACUCCGUUUGAAGGUCUGAUUUAUUUCAUGCCCAAGAGGUCGGAUGGCGAGAUCGCUGUUGCUCUUUCGUUACAGGAGGAGGAUAUGGCGCGGUUAGCUGCAGAUGAAGAGUUCAAGAAGUUUGGCAAAUAUAUCCCUUAAGACGAUAGAUAAUCUAUUUGUAUGGGUGUAUGAUG